UCCUCCUCUAAUCCAGCCCAGUUUGUUUGACAACAAACGUACAUCUUGUGUAACCGCUGCUGUUAAACUAAUAACGAUUUUGUUUCCACGAAAACAAAUAAGACGCUUUAAACUGAGUCCCGACUGAACGUCGGACCCUUUUCUUUUUGACAGCACAAGAGAAAACAUCAUGCGGGUCAGGAUGCGCUGCUCUCCGCUAAUCCCCUGGCUAGUGUUGGCCUCUGUACUGAGCUCGGUGAUCGGGUUAGGUGAAGACCUAGACUGGCCUCUGUUCGGGCCCCCCGGCACUCCUAUCCGGCUGCAAGAGUCCGACCUGGGAUUAAAAAAGGCCCUGCUUUUCGCUGAGGAGCGGUACAACCAUGGCUCCAACGCUAUACACCUCCGCAGGGUCAGCCGGCUGAUCUCCGCCAAUAAACAGUUGGUUAAGGGACUCCGUUACACUCUCACAGUGGAGCUGAGCAACACUCAGUGUAAGAAGUCCACCAUGCUGCGGACGUGUGACUUCUAUCCUGAGCCUCACAAACUGAAGACUGAGGUGUGUGUGUUUGAAGUGUGGGACAUUCCCUGGCAGAACACUACAACCCUCCUGAAACAGAAGUGCCAGCCUAAAGCUGAUCCUGAGGUAAGAGAGACCAACCAGGUGGAGACUUCAGCCGUCACUCAGCCGGUGCAGCCUCUGGAGCUAUUGGGCCAGUUUAAGGAGUUCAUGGUCAAAUACAAGAAGGUGUACAGCAGUCAGGAAGAGGCCGACCGUCGUCUACGUAUCUUCCACGAGAACCUGAAAGUGGCUGAGAAGCUCCAGGCGUUGGACCAGGGAACUGCUGAGUACGGGGUCACCAAGUUCAGCGACCUGACCGAGGAGGAGUUCCGCUCCACAUACCUGAACCCACUCCUGAGUCAGUGGAGUCUCCACCGACCAAUGAAAGCUGCUCUACCAGCUAAAGGCCCCGCCCCUGACAGCUGGGAUUGGCGGGAUCACGGCGCUGUCAGUCCUGUUAAAAACCAAGGGAUGUGUGGAUCUUGUUGGGCGUUCUCCGUCACAGGAAACAUCGAGGGUCAAUGGUUCCUGAAAAACGGAGCUUUACUGUCCCUCUCUGAACAAGAGCUGGUUGACUGCGAUGGACUGGACCAGGCCUGCAGGGGCGGGCUGCCAUCAAAUGCUUACGAAGCUAUUGAAAAGCUGGGUGGACUGGAGACAGAAACCGACUACUCCUACACAGGACACAAGCAGAGCUGUGGUUUCACCGAUAAGAAGGUGGCUGCCUACAUCAACAGCUCAGUGGAACUGUCCAAGGAUGAGAAGGAGAUUGCUGCCUGGUUGGCUGAAAAUGGACCAGUCUCCGUGGCUCUGAAUGCCUUUGCAAUGCAGUUCUAUAAAAAGGGCGUGAGUCACCCAUGGAAGGUCUUCUGCAACCCCUGGAUGAUUGACCACGCCGUGCUGCUGGUGGGAUACGGCGAACGAAAUGGAACUCCAUUCUGGGCCAUCAAAAACAGCUGGGGGGAGGAUUAUGGAGAGGAGGGCUACUACUACCUGUACAGGGGCUCCAAUGCAUGUGGCAUCAACAGGAUGUGUUCUUCGGCUGUUGUUAACUAAACAGUUACACAUCCUUCCAAACAAACGCACAUCUUCAUACAACUUGUUAUGUUACUACCUGCCGGCCUCAACCUAACAGGCCCUUAAAUGCACAACGAUCAAAGUGAAACAUUUAAACUUCUGCUAAUGCUAUUGCUACCGUGAAACCUGUUUUACCAUCAUAUUUCACAACUCAUGUCACUUUACUAACUAUACCAACAGCGAUUAAAGAGCAAGUCACCCCCUACCAGAUUCUUACUCAACUCCCACUUCCUGUUUGAAAAAUGCUACAAAUGCCUGGCAGACCGAGAGGGCGGAGCCGCUAACAAAUGCACACACAAACAGGCUCACAACGACAUUGUGACAUCAUAUGGUACCAGCUAACGUUCUAGGGUAGCUCUUAGCCAAUAGCAGUGGCAGAUUUAAAUUCAAAUGCAGUGCAGAGUUUUUACCUGACAACGGCAGGAAAAUUAAAUUUUAACUAAAAUGCACUAAAGUGCAAAACCAUUGACUACACGUGUCUGCAGCACGAUUAGACACGCGUUUAUAUAGUUUAUCAGGAAAAUACGUUGAUUUGGGGGUGACUUGCUCUUUAAAUAGUACCAGCUCUAAUAAAGCUAGAUUUGAUGUGAUACAGAAAACUUUAUUCAAUGUGUGUGUGUGUGUGUAGGCAGUAUUAGCUGUCACUUAACAGCGAGUAGUCCCAUGCUCAGACUUCAAACUAUAGGUAGAUGUCCGUCUUUAGUGUUUGUGCUGAUGUUGUAAACCAGGAGUCAUUUUUCCCCAAGACUGAACCACAUUGUGUGAAAACUGCAACGUAUCAGUUAUAACUGCUGUAAGGAACACGAACAAUACAAACAUUGAAUAAAAAAACAUAAAUUUUUAAAGUCUAA